AUGGAUAUUUUAAAACGUGAUGGUAUGACUGAUUGCAAACCUCUAUCAACUCCAAUACCUGUUUCGAAAUCUCUUGUUACCUCUUCAGAUUUGUAUGAUGAUCCUACACAAUAUCGGAGUCUGGCUCGAGUUCUUCAAUAUCUUACUAUCACCAUACCAGAUUUAUCCUUUGCAUUCAAUCAACUUUGUCAACACAUGCAUUCUCCUACAGAUACUCAUUGGGGACAAGCCAAACGUGUGUUGAGAUAUGUCAAUGGGACUCUAUCUUAUAGUUUACAUAUUCGAAAAUCUGAGUUAAGAGAGUUAUAUGCAUUCUCGGACUCAGACUGGGCUGGCUGCCAUGAUGAUCGUAAGUCAACCAGUGGUUAUGUUGUUUUUCAUGGGUCGAAUCUUGUAUCUUGGGUAUGCAAGAAGCAAAAAACUGUUGCAAGAUCUUCUACGGAGGCCUAUAAGGGUUUAGCUGAUGUUUGUGCUGAGGUAAUCUGGGUUCUCUCACUCUUACGUGAGAUUGGCGUCACUGGGAUUUCCAUUCCAAAGCUAUGGUGUGAUAAUCUUGGUGCUACAUAUCCGUGUGCUAAUCCUAUUUUUCACGCUCGCACUAAACAUGUUGAAAUUGACUAUCAUUUUGUGAGAGACAGAGUUGCCAAAGAAGAGAUUCAAGUUGAUCUUCACCAAAAUCAACUUGCUAGGUUUUCUUUUCUUAGAGACUAG